CACUCAAUGGCUUCAUAGCAGUAAGCAGCAUGUUGUGUGCCGGUGCUCGUGUUCUCCUCCGGGGCUGCCGGACCGGUCCCGGCAGUACAUUCACCGCUCUCCGAGCCUGCAGUAACAAGCCGCAGUCUAAUCCCAGGGUGUACAUGGACCUGGAAGCCGAUAACCAGCCCCUGGGCCGGGUCACGUUCGAGGUGAGCAGGUGGCACCCUCUCUAUGUCAGGUAGGGGGUUUGGGGCCCCUGGAUAGGCAAGGGACACCCCAGAAUGGGGGGACUGAGACUGGGGCCCCUGGAUAGACAAGGGACAGUCCCCUGAAUUAGGGGGGACUGAGACUGGGGCCCCUGGAUAGGCAAGGGACACCCCCAGAAUGGGGGUGGGGGGGAGACUGAGACUGGGGCCCCUGCAUAGACAAGGGACAGUUCCCUGAAUGGGGGGACUGAGACUGGGGCCCCUGCAUAGACAAGGGACAGUUCCCUGAAUGGGGGGACUGAGACUGGGGCCCCUGCAUAGACAAGGGACAGUCCCCUUGAACGAUGGGGACUGAGACUGGGGCCCCUGGAUAGGCAAGGGACACCCCCAGAAUGGGGACUGGGGCCCCUGGAUAGGCAAGGGACACCCCCAGAAUGGGGACUGGGGCCCCUGGAUAGGCAAGGGACACCCCCAGAAUGGGGACUGGGGCCCCUGGAUAGGCAAGGGACACCCCCAGAAUGGGGACUGGGGCCCCUGGAUAGGCAAGGGACACCCCCAGAAUGGGGACUGGGGCUCCUGGAUAGGCAAGGGACACCCCCAGAAUGGGGGGGACUGAGACUGGGGCCCCUGCAUAGACAAGGGACAGUCCCCUGAAUGGGGGGACUGAGACUGGGGCCCCUGGAUAGGCAAGGGACACCCCCAGAAUGGGGACUGGGGCCCCUGGAUAGGCAAGGGACACCCCCAGAAUGGGGGGGACUGAGACUGGGGACCCUGGAUAGACAAGGGACACCCCCCUUGAAUGAUGGGGACUGAGACUGGGGCCCCUGGAUAGACAAGGGACAGUCCCCUUGAACGAUGGGGACUGAGACUGGGGCCCCUGGAUAGGCAAGGGACACCCCCAGAAUGGGGACUGGGGCCCCUGGAUAGGCAAGGGACACCCCCAGAAUGGGGGGGACUGAGACUGGGGCCCCUGCAUAGACAAGGGACACCCCCAGAAUGGGGGGGACUGAGACUGGGGCCCCUGGAUAUGCAAGGGACACCCCCAGAAUGGGGGGACUGAGACUGGCCCUGGAUAGACAAGGGAGACCCACAGAAUGGGGACUGGGGCCCCUGGAUAGGCAAGGGACACCCCCAGAAUGGGGGGGACUGAGACUGGGGCCCCUGGAUAGGCAAGGGACACCCCCAGGAUGGGGGCUGAGACGGUGGCCCCUGGAUAGGCAAGGGACACCUCCAGAAUGGUCCAGAAUAGUAUGGUCACCUAACUCCAUGGUGCCUCUUCAUCUGCUGACUUAAGGGAUGCCCUCUCUCUCCUUUCACCUUGUGCCUGGUAGAGGGGACCUGACAUGGGCUGUGACAAAAAGGGAUGGCCCGGUGUCCUAUAAAUUAGAGGACGGCGAAAUAAAAUGCUUGGCUACAUGUGCGCCCAAUGUAAUGUACGCUUUUAUGCAUUUUGCUUUAUUCAUUAACAUAAACCCAUUCAUUGCCUGCAUAGUGAUAGAGAUAUGAUCUGAAUAAAACAGUUAGAAUCUUUUAAUUUUGUUAAAGGUGGCUUGUGGUUCUUCCAGUUUUAACAAAUCCUGUUAAUGUAAAUAUUCUGUAAAGCUGCACAUUGAAUUUUUUUUCUUCAUAAAUAUUUUAUUGCAAUAUGAGGCCAGUCAAAAUAUAUAAUCCCUUCCUUCUACUUCUAUAUGCUAAUAAGGCGUUUGCUGCAAUUACAUGUUGACAGACCGGUAAACCACAAACACCCACUUAAUAUACACCCACUUGAUAGACAAACCUAACUGGGGGGAGGAGAGGACUAUGCCAACUUGUAAAAGUUGGUGACUUUGUCCUAUAAAGCAGCAUUUGUUACAGUAGCUUGUCAGAGUAAUUUUGGAAAAUGUUUACAAAACUUUCUGAUUCGAAAUCAUAUCUAAUGCUUCCUUAAAGGACAGUCAUUUUCCUAACCUCUUGCUGUGAGGAAAUUUCAAAAAACACUAUUAUAACUUAUAUAUUUUGCUACCUUGCUGUUGGUCAUAGAUCGGCCAGGGUAAAACUGUUGCCCUUGUUCAGUGUCAAGUUCCUAGUGCUCUUAUCACAUGUAACACUUGUCCCAGUCAAGGUGACCUUGUGCCCAAAUAAAAAGUUGAUAGCUAGCAGGCUUCCUGUGAAGAGGCCAUGUCACUGUGUGUAGUUCUUUUUAAGGAUAAGGAGUUUUGAAAUGCCACACUUUCGAUUUGGAACAAAAUGUAAGAUAGUUAACAAGUGUGAAUUUAAAGUAACUAAAAAGCAAACCUAAUUGACUUGACAAUUUUUUUUUCUUUUGGUAUUUAAACUUAAACACCUGCUAAUUCUAACCCUUGUCUAGUGAAUAAAACUCUAAACUCCAUUUGGUUUUUAGACUUGAAUCUUAUAAUUAAUCAGAUUUAAAAAUAAAAAUAAAAAAAUUAUCUAAUGUCUAGUCUGCUUUUAAAAUAGUAUAUAUACCUGUAGAGAUUAAAUCUGGUAUAUAGCGCAAUUUAUAAAAAAAAAGUCCAAAUCUAGAACAAGAGUCUUUCAGUUAUCUCUACAAUAUCUAAUCAACAAUGGCAAUCAAACCGAUAAUGGUGCACAUCAAUUCUGACCACAACUCCCACAAAUCUGGGGCCAAGUGUAAAUAAUAUGCUGAGCACUAUAUUGUAGAAUACAUGAUCCCAAACCACCUGAUUCAGUAUGCAUAAUCCAAAUGAUGACUCCUAUUAUUUAUGGGUUGCACAGGUGAUGUAAUCGAUUAUAAGACAGGAGGAGUUUUAAAGGGACUCUAUAGCCACCAAAACAAACUGAUAAUGAAGUUGUUUUAGUGUAUAUAGAUUAUACUUCUGAAGUUUCACUCGGCAAAUUAUCUGCCAUUUAGGAGUUAAAUCAUUGUUUUUAUUUAUGCAGCCAUAGCCAUACCUCCCUUGGCUGUGACUGACACAGCCUGCAUGAAAACAAAAUGGUUUAAUUUUUCAAUCAGAUGUAACUUACUUUAAAAGUGUUUAUUUCCUGUUCUGUAAAUUGAACUUGAAUUGCAUACAGCAGGUUCUAGCAAGCUAUUAAAGGGAAACUAUGGUCACCAGAACUACAGCUUAAUGUAGUUCUGGUGAGUGUAAUCAUUGCAUGCAGGCAUUUUCAUGCAAACAUUGUCUUUUUUAGAGAAAAGGCAGUGUUUACAUUGGCCCCUCCUUAGAUGGCCACUGGAGGUGCUUACUAGGGCAGCACUGACAUUCAGAGUCUCCACGUUUUGAAUGGAGAUGCUAACAUUUUCUCAUAGAUGCAUUAUGAGGAGCUGCUAAUUGGCCAACAGUUUGACCCAGCACUCGUCCCGCCUCCUUGCUGAUUUGUCAAUCCAAUUAAAGCAUUGGAUUGGCUAAAAAAAUUAAAUUGUAGUAAUGUCACAAAGGAGGCUGAUCUGUGGCAAGGCCAGUGCUGGAAAUAAGGUAAGUUUUAACCCAUUCUAAAGGGGAUAUGGGGGGGGGGGGGAGAGAGAGAAGGGGUGCAAUCCACCUAAAUGGUGGUUUUUAACACUAUUGGGUCAGGAAUGCAUGUUUUGUGUUCCUUACCCUAUAGCAGAGCAGGAGAUAUGAAAAUCUAAAUUACAAAGCAUUUGAAAUAAAGUAAACCAUAGAUGACUCUUUACAGUAAGUGUUUUGGAAGGCUGUGUAAGUCACAUGCUUGACGGUGUGACUAGGACUGCAUAAAGAAAGGUGUGUAUAUAACUCCUAAAUGGCAGAUAAUUGAGCAGUGAGAUUGCAGGGGCGUGAUCUAUACACUAAAACCCCUUAAAGGGACACUAUAGUCACCUGAACAACUUUAGCUUAAUGAAACAGUUUUGGUGUAUAGAACAUGCCCCUGCAGCCUCACUGCUCAAUCCUCUGUCAUUUAGGAGUUAAAUUGCUUUGUUUAUGAACCCUAGUCACACCUCCCUGCAUGUGACUUGCACAGCCUUCCAUAAACACUUCCUGUAAAGAGAGCCCUAUUUAGGCUUUCCUUAUUGCAAGUUCUGUUUUAAUUAAGAUUUUAUCACGUACUAUGUUAAUAGCUUGCUAGACCCUGCAAGAGCCUCCUGUAUGUGAUUAAAGUUCAAUUUAGAGAUUGAGAUACAAUUGUCUAAGGUAAAUGACCUCUGUUUGAAAGUGAAACCAGUUUUUUUUCAUGCAGGCUCUGUCAAUCAUAGCCAGGGGAGGUGUGGCUAGGGCUGCAUAAACAGAAACAAAGUGAUUUAACUCCUAAAUGACAGUGAAUUGAGCAGUGAAAUUGCAGGGGAAUGAUCUAUACACUAAAACUGCUUUAUUUAGCUAAAGUAAUUUAGGUGACUAUAGUGUUCCUUUAAGCUAAAGUUGUUUUGGUGACUAUAGUGUCCAUUUAAGCUGAAAAAGAAACUUGGGGAAAGGUGCCCACUGCCAUUAGAGGGCUUUAACUCUGUAUGGAACGCUGCACAUACAAACUCAAAGCACCAGGACCACUUUAAAUCAGAAAAUAUAAAAAUGUAGGUCUUGUAAGGAAUGAAGACUAGCUAAUGUCUGAAUUAUAAAACCGCACAGCUCAAAAGGAACACAAAUAUCAUGCCUAUGUGAUACUCCUGUCACUGUACUGCAUUUCUAAUUAGUGGUGCUGCCGUAAAGAUCAAAAUGUAUACAAAAUACAGAACUGCACUCACACGUAAAAUAGCUUAAAAUUUUGCAAGGCUACUUAAAUCGAUCUAUCUUUGCAAAUUCAUAUGGGGAAUUCAGUUACACCAAUUCUUACAGUUUGAACUGCUUCUAGAGACUCCUCUUAAUUUAUGCUUUCCUAGAAGCUGUUUAGGCAGUAAAUUUUGCUUUUGGCCUGUUCUCCCAUGUUAAAAUUAGUGUAGUACCCACUGAUAUUGGGGUUACUGUGAUGUUGUUGUGGGCUUAACACAAUAUGGCCAUGUGGAGGAACUGAAUCCCUGUAUUUGUUUGCUAAUAUAAGGUAUUUUAAGUAGUACUGUAAAACUUUAAAGCUGUUUUGUUGUGGUGUUUGUUAUUUUGCUUUUGUUUGCGGCUUCUUAAUCUUUAUUUUGUCAUAAGAGCAUGACCCACAUCCAAAUAGACGCAAUCUAUCCUGUUUUUGUUUAGGUGUAACAUUAGUUUCUGCCAGUAAGCAUCCUGAGUCAUUCAUGUAAUUUAGACUUCCUUGGUGACAUGCACAAUUGUAUUCUGUUUACAUUUCUGAAAAUGGCUCAACAAUCAAAUCAAACACCUUUUAGUAAAGGUGUCUGGACUGAACUAAAGAUAUUUCAAAUAAAUAUCAAUUGUGGCAUGCAGUCUCAAAUGCUGUAAAUGCUGUUCAACGUCUUCAUCCCAUCUCUAUUCCGACAGAUGGAAUGUGGGGGUGAGAGGGGUGUCGUAAAAUAAAUAUAAGUGGCCUGCUACUGCUCACAUGCUCAAGCAAUUUCUUUGCCAUUUUAUAUAUUUUUGCUCAAAGUAUUUUGGUGUUUACCUGCUAUACUUGCGCAUACCUAUCAACAUCAAAGUAUCCCUUUCACGUCUGCCCCACUAUCUGACCUGACACCUCUCCAUCCCCUUUGUAAGUAGUCAAAACAUUUAGUAUGUUUUCCUUAAAAGUUACUUGUACACUACCCACAUCCCUCUGCACAAUUUCGAUAACUGGGGAUUUUUAACAUCACUCAAAUGGCCAUACAAGCGUAAGCUCGCCUCACAUCAAGACAAAACCUUUAAGUCCUACACUAACAAUUCACUUUGUUUCUUUAAGCGUAAAGGGACACUAUAGUCAGCAUAACUACAGUUUACUGCAAUUGUUCUGGUGAAUAUAAUCAUUCUCUUCAGGCUUUUUGCAGUAAACACUCUUUUCAGAGAAAAUGCAGUGUUUAUAUUACAGCCUAGGGACACCUCCACUGGCCACUCCUCAGAUGGCUGCUAGAGGGGUUUCCUGGGGCAGUGCUGCAGUGUGCAGCGCUGACAUUCAUUAUCUCCACCUUCUGCUUGGAGACACUGGACUUUCCUCAUAGUUGCAUUGAUUCAGUGCAUCUUAGUCAGGGCUGUGUUUGGCUUGUGCUGGCUGUUUCAUUGACAGUCCAGCCAAUCCUGUGGGAAACAUUGUGAUUGGCUCAGGUCACUACUCCUGAUGUCAGCCAAGCAGGCAGAUCAGGGACAGAGCCAGCAGCAACAGACUGGAAUAAAAGUUGACUAUAUUUAGGUAGGGGUCAGGAAUAAACGUUUGCGUUCCUGACCCUAUAGUGUUCCUUUAAAGGCAAAAUUACAAAUAGAGGGAUAUUUUUUUGAAACUACUAUAUAAUUAUUAAUCCUUAAUAGGGAUCACAUGAGAUGGGCAUCAGCACUAUAACAUGCAAAAUUAAUUACGCCCUGCACUCACUCUCACAUCAGCUCCAAUAGAUGCAAUAAACCCUGUAGUCAUUUUUAAUUUUGACAAACAGAAGUCAAAUAGUUUUAAAAUGGCUUGUCUAGAGUUCAUCAAACAGUAUAAAUAUUUGAUGGCAAACAUAAGAUUGCACAUCCAUUGAUGUGAGCGGUGUAUUUAAUCCAGUAAGGGUGGUUGUUUUUUUGGAGGGGGAGGAUGUCUAUGCCACAUCCAAAUUAAUGCAAAAUGCCACGCACUAUAUGAACCAUAUUUCUCGGUCUUCCAGUAUCAAAAUGUAUUACUAAAAUAGUCUGUAAUGGGCUUUCAUCUAAUUAGAAUAGAUCCAUGUAGCUUUUAAUGCUGGAUUUAUGUGCAAGGGUAAUGUCAAUGUGCAAGUGAACCUUGCAGGAACAAAAGGCAAAUAUUAACUCAAGGUUUGUUUUUGUAAACUGAUGUAAGUACUGCAGUUCUGGAGCUACCAAAAGCUUUUGUAACUCAACAGUUAAACAUACACUUUAUUCAAAGCUUGGGAUGGCUGAGAAUCAUAGAUAUGUAAUAUUUUUGGUAAUCUUUAAUCUUUGAUAUAAAAUAUUGCUGUGAAAUUAGGCAUUUUGCAAACUGGAUAGCCCUGUCAUAUUGUAUCUUCUGUAUUUUGUAUCUCCACCCCGUAUGACUAGAUUAAUGCUCAAAGGGUUGUUAUUUUCUUUUUCUAUUCUAUAUUGCCAUAUUGAACGCUAUUGAAUAGUUCCCCUCUUUAUUAGGAAGAAUAAGAGAAAAUGGAUGCGGCCAUGACCAUGCCACUUUAAUGGGGUUUUUGGAAGUAGAUGUAAUAUAGAAUAAUUAAAAAAUUAUGAUCAGGGAUCCUUAAUAUUGGAGCGCAGGGAAGUAUCUUGGCUAGAGGUAGGGCCACAGAACUGAGCAGGGAGAUUUCAGGGGUGUCUACAUAUCAAAACUGUCUCAUGAAGCUAAAAAAUUGUUGCUGAAGUGUCCCUUUAACUGCUUAAAGACCAAACUUCUGGAAUAAAAGGGACUCGUGACAUGUCACACGUCAUGUGUCCUUAAGGGGUUAAAUAAAUGCACAGAAUUUUAAAAAGUAAGCUUUUUUGCUUUUCUGUAGAAAACUAAACCAUCUUACAAAAAGCCACUUCUUGGUACUGACUCAAUACUGUUUCUUAGAAAAGCCUAGAGGACAGUUAUUAAAAAGAGGAUCUGUGUUGCAUAAAUGAAUAUUGUGACUGCCAUUUCUAAUCUUGGCUACAUAGUAAGUGUGCAUUAUCUGUAUCAAAAUUAUGCCAGUGUAUAUAGAAUAGAAUCUCAAGAGGGUACACAGCAUGUAAAAUAUCUAAAACAAGCACCUCACAACUUCAAGCUGCUCAAAGCUGACCAUGGCACUUGAGCUUAAACGAGAAACAUUUCUCAUAACUCUUAAUCACAUCUAGAUUACUGUUCUUCCCCCAAUAGUAGCCUUUAAGCUGUAAUCCUACUGUGGAAGCCUAAUAUGGCAAGUGUUAUAAUAAGAAUCUCAAACUGUAUUGGUGUAGACAAAAAAGCAAAAAUGUCAUAUUUUUUUAAUUAAACAGAAAAAUGCCCUAAUCACUUUAUUUUUUUCCUUAGUUAAAAGCUGAUGUGGUGCCAAAAACAGCAGGUAAGAUAACUGAAAUAUUCCAUCAACAUUUAAUGUAAGCUUCCUGCCUUAAGGGACACUCUAUUGUAAGUGACCCUCAUUUUACAACCUAGAAAAUGGUGAUUUAAAAAAUAAUUUUGUAGCUUAGUUUAAUAUCUUUAAUAUUUGUCUAUUUUUAGGAAAUAAUUAUCCAUAUGCAAAAUCUACUGCCAUACUCCCCCAUGUUAAUUUUUUGUGGGUUUUAACAAUCCCCCCACACUCCCACCCCCCACUUACUUUGGGGGGAAGUGGAGGAGGAGACAGGAAAUUGUAGAGCCACUAUAGCUUCCUCCUCUUUAACGGCCCUCCCACAUGGUUAAUAACCCUUUUGUCCCUUACCUGGGUACAGCGCCAAUGUCACUUGGCACUGGGUCAGCUCCAUCCACGCAAUGGCUGCGCUCGCAUUAGGAUUUCCCCAUAUGAAGGCAUUAUUCAAUGCUUUCCUAUGGGGAUUCCAGUGACUCGGGAAGUCCUCAUGAAGACAUCCAGCGUCAUUUAGGCGAUCAAAUGUCCCCUAUCCACCCAGCAGUCCAUCUAGUGGCUGUCUGGUAGGCAGCCACUAGAGGAGUUAAGCCAAGCAGGUAAUUAUUGCAGUUACCCCUCCCCCCUUCACAUUGCAUAAAUCACUUCUACGUCUGUCUUUUGCUUUGCUACAGGCUUGUUACAUACUUAUAAUGGUUAUCACUAGCAAAAUACUGAUAAUGUGUAUAGAUCAUAAAUUACCCAUAAAAUUGAUUUUCUAACUUUGUAGGGUUUUUUUUUUUGUCCCCAGAGAAUUUCAGAGCUUUAUGUACUGGGGAAAAAGGAUUUGGUUACAAAGGAUCCACAUUCCACAGAAUAAUCCCAAACUUCAUGUGCCAGGUGUGUAAUAAAGUCAAUCCAAUUGACCAAGUAUUUCAUCGCUAGUUUUCAGUAUCUGCUGUAAUAAACUGAAAGUGUAGCAAGUCCCAUCUGAUGGGACUUCAACUGUUUUUUAUAAAUAUAUUGAACUUAAGAACUUAACCUGUGACGUAACAGUGGGUACUGCUAAAUGCCAGGGGUUUGAUACACGGAUUGCCAUUAUGCAGUAAGAAUCUUCCUCUCAACCCCCGACAUGCAAUUGCAAAAUGUAGUUUUAUUUUGUGGGUGUUUUUAUUCAUUUUUUUUUUUUGUGAACUUUAUGGAGCUUUUUUGUAAACCUACUGCCUCCAGUGCCCACUCAUGAACACAAGUAACCAGAUGCCAAAUCUGUCAUAACCAUCUUUUUUGAGUAUAGAGAAGGAAGAUGAGAGCCAACUGUAGGCUUGUCCAUCAGAGAGAAGUUAAUACUGAUAAAGGAUCUAACAAAUAUUUCUUGUGGAUGAAUAGUGGUGGUUCAAUUGAUGUUAUGUAAUUCAGGUGGUGGUGUUUCAGUAGAUUUGGCUGUUUUUUAUGUGUAUGUGUAUCCCUUAUGCUGUGGGGUAUUAUCAAAUUUUGACUAGAUUGAACUUUUUGGUGUAUAUCUGAACAGUAAUGGAUCCCUUGCAGUCCUAGAGUUCACAGGCUUGGUAAUAGUGAAUGUGCUGACUCGUUAGUGAGUGCCAGUACCACGGAGGAGUGAUUUACUACAUAGACUCCCUGUCCUGACCUAAAGAACAGUCCUGACACUUUUUGCGGCAGGGUUCUAGGCAAAAAACAACCUGCCUGGUGUCGAACUAAAUGUCCAGGGUGUCAGGCAACCAGAAUUUGACAUACCUUUUAUUGUGCAAGUGUAUCCAAGAGCUCCACAAAAAUAAAACAUGUAGUAAUGUGCUUUGUGUAUGAGUCAAACCUCCAUAGCCAUAAAAUUAACAGUAGCUGGUAGCUUGAAUCUGUAUAUGGGGUGGGGUGUUUUAUUUUUUUUUUUAAAUAUAGAGGGAUCACAGCCUUUCCAAGCUCUGCUCUGAGACAAUACAGACUUUCAGAAAUGCACAGCAGUCACAUUCAUGGGAUACCCACACCGCCAGAUCCCCCACACAAAUAUUGCCAGUCACUACAUGCACAAUUACAUUGCUAAACAUACUACUAGACCAUUAUUUUAGCCUCCAUUUUUCUGUAAUAUUGUGCACACAUGCAUAGAUGCAUAGAUGCACAGAUGUAGACACACUGCCAAACUGCUACAAUUUCACACACAAAUUGUUUUAUAUUUUUGUUUUCUUUAUUCCCUAGUCUGCUCUAGCUUUGUGAGAGCUGGAGUGGAUUCUCUCACUGGGCUCCUAUAAAGAGGGGCUUUGAUCUUUGUGCAUUGCCUAUAUAGAAACAAAGAAUGUGACGGCAGAUAAGAACCAUUUGGCCCAUCUAGUCUGCCCAAUUAUCUAAAUACUUUCAUUAGUCCCUGGCCUCAUCUCAUAGCCAGGAUAGCCUAAUGCCUCUCCCAUGUAUGCUUAAACUCCUUCACUCUGUUAACCGCUACCACUUCAGCUGGAAGGUUCCUUGCGUGCCCUUAACUGAUGCUUGCAAUGUUGUGAUGUCGCAUACUGGCAUCAAUAUAGGGCAUACUAGGGAGCUAUGCUUGCCUGUUACAAAACACCCUCUCGGACACUACUUUUCAGCAAAAUAAGCUCCUGCCAUUCUGCUAGGAAGGGAUCUUCUGUUUCCUUUCUACAUUGCCACAAUGUCAAAUGUUUGAAGUAUUAGGAGUACUAUAGCUGUGUCAUGUGCUGGGGCCAAAUGUUUCACUUUUCUUUUUGUAAGUUUAAUUAAAAUGUAGAAUUUGAUUAUGCAGUUGUCUGUUUACAAUAGUCUUAAAGGACCACUAUAGGCACCCAGACCACUUCAGCUUAAUGAGGUGGUCUGGGUGCCUGGUCCAGCUAGGGUUAAUCCUUUUUUUUUCUAUAAACAUAGCAGUUUCAGAGAAACUGCUAUGUUUAUAAAUAGGUUAAUCAGCCUCUAGUGGCUCUCAUUGACAGUCGCUAGAGGCGCUUCUCACUGAUUUUCUGUAAGUAGACGCCAGCGUCCAUAGGAAAGCAUUGUGAAUGCUUUCCUGAGACUGGCUGAAUGCGUGCGUGGCUCUUGCUGUGCAUGCGCAUUCAGCCGAUGAGGAGAGCUCCCUGCCCGGCGCUGGAGAAAGAGGUAAGUUUAACCCCUUCCUCCUCAUUCAGCCUGGCAAAAGUGGGACCCUGAGGGUGGGGGCACCCUCAGGGCACUAUAGUGCCAGGAAAACAAGUGUUUUCCUGGCACUAUAGUGGUUCUUUAAUUUCGGCUAUGAAGAAAGGUUAACAAAUUUAAACCUAUUUAGUUUAGAAAAACGUCGCCUGAGAGGGGAUAUGAUAACAUUAUACAAAUAUAUUCGGGGCCAAUACAAACCAUUGUGUGGAAAUCUAUUCACAAACCGGACUUUACAUAGGACACGAGGCCAUGCGUUUAGACUGGAAGAAAGAAGAUUUCGUCUAAGGCAAAGGAAAGGUUUUUUUACUGUAAGAACAAUCAGGAUGUGGAAUUCUCUGCCUGAAGUGGUUUUAUCAGAGUCCAUACAGAUGUUCAAACGGCUACUAGAUGCAUACUUGCAAGAACAGAAUAUUCAAGGAUAUAAUCUUUCAAUGUAGGGUAAUAACUGCUUGAUCCAAGGAUAAAUAUGACUGCCAUUCUGGGGUCAAGAAGGACUUUUUUUUCCUAGCUUGUUGCAAAAUUGUGCUUCAAACUGGGUUUUUUUUUUUGCCUUUUGGAUCAACAGCAAAAAACAAAUGUGAGGUAGGCUGAACUUGAUGGACGCAAGUCUCUUUUCAGCUAUGUAACUAAGUCUCCCUUUUUAUUUUAGGGUGGCGAUUUUACCAAUCACAAUGGCACAGGUGGAAAAUCUAUUUAUGGAAGCCGCUUUUCAGAUGAAAACUUCAUCUUAAAACACACUGGACCAGGUAAGAUUACUUGAAUUCUACAUUCAUAACUUUACCCAAUACAUUUCAUUGCUUUGCUUAGAAUCCCUGGCAUGUUAAAGGAAUACUAUAGGGUCAGGAACACCAACAUGUAUAGUGCAACCAUUAUGGUGGCUUGCCCUCCCCUUCCACACCUUAGAAGCAGGAAAACUUAUUUCCAGCACCGUGCGAGUCUGCUGGCCCUGCCCCUCAGUGACAUCACUGGCAAGGGGACGGGGGUCAAACACCAUUUUGGCCAAUCAGCAACUCCUCAUAGAGAUGCAUUGAAUCAAUGGAUCUCUGAGGAAAAUUCAGCGUCCCCAUGCAGAGUGACUCUGAACGGCAGAGCUGCCUACUGUGCAGCACUGAGCCAGGAAGCCCCUCCAGUGGCCAUCUGAGUGGCCACUUGGAGGUGUUCCUAGGGGCAAUCUAAACACUGCCUUUUCUCUAAAAGGCAAUGUUUACAUGAAAAUGCCUGCAUAUAAUUAAACUAACCAGAAGAACUAUAUUAAGCCAUAGUUGUUCUGGUGACUAUAGUGUCCCUUUAAAAAAAAUGCUUAGUUUAAAUGUUUUGUUAGUCCCAUGUUGAAUGAAACCUGGUCAGAGAGAAGCAUACGGGUGUACAGUAUUAGUCUAUAAAUUGCACCUGGAGAGCUGCAUGUUGCAUUGGAAUAUCCUAUGGUGAAGAAGGGGGACGUGCAAAAUAUCGGUUUAGUGAAAGUUUACUUGUCUUUUCUGUCCUUAGGUGUUCUCUCGAUGGCCAAUGCAGGACCAAAUACCAAUGGCUCACAGUUCUUCAUCUGUACUGUGGAAACAGAAUGGUUUGUAUUUACCUGACUUUUAAUUUUUGAAGUUCUUUAUUUUUGUUGUGCACAUGUAGUAACACAAGCAAGUCUUGCAACAACAAGCAAACUCAUGACACAAUUGAUAACCAGUAGUGUGGCAAUCUAGGUACGUGCACUUUUUUUUUUUUAUUAUUUAUUUAUUUUUUUUUUAGAAUAGUUAAUGCCAAAGUAAGAUGAGCAAACAGUGAAACAGGCUGAAAAAGGUGAACUUGUUGAGAAUUCAGGCUUGCUUGGUGUAGAUAUGUCAGGAGAGACAGUGUUGUGAGCUAAAAAAGCUGGACCGUCAAUAUAUUUUAGUCGGAACACUAGUAAUAGGACAUGUCAUUAUACUUGCACAUUGAGUAUAGGAACCACAAGCCAGACAAGGAUAGGUUAACAAUAACUAGCUUACUUAACCAGAGAUGAUCCCGCUAGAGUAUUUAAUCAAAGACCUUUUGGAUGGUCGAUUAGGGUCUAAUAGAGCUGAUGAGAGCAUCUUGUGGCUUGUAAUGUGCUCAGUUGGUUCGCUAGCCCUGCAAAAUGGAGUGGUGUAGUCAGGGCCGGCCUUUAGGUGCCCUGUGCAAAACAUCUUUGCAGUGCCCCCCCUCCCUUGUCAUCAUGUAUGGUGUGUGUGUAUAUAUAAGUGUAGCGCUUGUAUAGGUGAUUUAUUCAGUAAAUAUUGAUUUAAAAUAUUUACAGGCAGACAUUACAAACACACGUACAGAUGGAUAGUCAUGUACAUACAGCCAGUGUAACACAGUUGCAGGCAGGCACACACUGUUACCUCUAUUCAUUAUGGAGGUGGAAGUAGUGCAGCUCCUGGAUUCUGCUUGUUGGGGAAGCAGGUACUCCUUCCUGCUUCUCAUGCAGCAAAUGCCUCGUCUGGCACUUCUAGCCCCUCCCCACUCCCACCACAAAUUUUUUUUUUUUUUAAAUCCCGGCUGGAGAAUAAUGAAAUCCUCCACCCUGACAGCCAGCAGUGUGUGAGCUGUUGGCCACAGGGCUCCCCAUGCUCCAAGUUGCCUUGUGCGGCCGCACAGCUCACACCCCUAAGGGUUAAAGGGAAGACUAAUAAAAUGCAAGCAGGCCUGCUGGAUCAAUGUUAACUAAACAGGCUGAGCACUAGAGAUCCUAGACACAGCUUGGUAAGGUGAGUAAGUAAUUCGUUAUACCGCAAGGGUAUAGUAUCCGAGCGGACUGCAGGUUUUGUCCAUGCUGAACUGUAACCUCUGAAGGCACUUUAAUUCGUAGCUGGUUUAGAUCUGUCCUGAUCAGAUGCCAAUCCCUAUGGGGCCUAAUAUUGGAAUUUAAACUCCUUUAAGGGUCUCUCAAUAUAUAACUAACUAGCAACGAUUCUUGUCCUGGUCUGCAGUGCCCUUUGCUUGGGGUGGCAGUUCCCAGGGAACCUGCAUGAGCCUGAAGCCCCUUAGGUGGUAAGUCACUUGGCUGAUGCCAUGUUGCUAUGUAGGGCACUGUAGAAUCAGGCUGCCAAUGGGCAUGUGUAUGCUAGAGGUAUUUAGAGUGGUAUUGGGGUAGUCUCAAGGGUUAUAGCCUAUGUCUUAAUUGGUAACAUUCACUGCGGUUCAAAUUUGGUUUUGUAAGGAAAGAGAUCAGAAAAAUAACAUGGAAAUAACAGCAAAAUAUAAGUGUAGCAGAAGUUCAGCAUAGGUGUCCCUCUGCUCAACCCAGGGUCGGGGGUGACCUGUUAUGUAACAUCUUUAAGGUAAUAAAGAAACAGAACAAUGUGUUGGUAUCCAGGGGGAGUCCUCUGUAAUAAGCUGCCCAUGGAUCAGGGGUAUGCUGUCGUGGGGCAAAGGGGAAACUCUCCCUAGAGCGAGGGCGUUGCAGCAUUGAAGUCUGUUUCUUCUGGGGGAAAGCCGAGGGUAUGCAGCACAUCGGUGGCCUCCUGGAGGUUGUGUAUAGGGUACUGGGUGUCCCCUUGAAAUAGGAUUAGUGUGUGGGAGUCUCCACUGUUAUUAGAUAAUUCUCCAUUGCAGGAGCACUGUAAAUGGUCUGAGAGCUCUUCCAGGCUAAAGUGCCUCCUGAGAGGUCAGUGUAAAAUAUGAGGCAUAUUCUCAAAGUGGUAGGGUGAGCUCCUUCAGGGCAGCCAGGACCGCUGUUUUGUCAGACCCGUUUCUGAAGUGGAUCUCUAGGUCCAUUGAGGCUGUGUGCAUGGGGCUUUGGGGGCUUUGUGUAUGCAGAAUUGUCAAUCUAUCACUGUUUUGGUUUGUCUGGGUUGUAGUAGGGCCCCCAUCAGACGCCUCACAAAAUGUGGCUCUCUGCCUCGGGGAUGUCCUCCAGGAUUUCUCGCACCUUUAGGUUACUCUGACACUGGGUGUCUAACUGAACCGUGAAGUGGUGCCCUUGGAUAGAAUUUGGUGCUGCUCCUCCUGUACUGCCUGUUGUAGUGAAACUAGAUGUUGGGCGCUCUCAGCUGAAGUGACUUUAAGAGUCGAUGUGAGGCCCCACGGGUCAUCGCUAUGUUGGCUGAGAUAUUCCUCUGGAGCACUUGUUUUGUCAUCAGAGACUUGUCUGGGCCCACUGUUAUCUGUUGGGGCCUCUCUGGUGCAGUGGGGUACUCCUCUUCGCUCCAAAUGAGAUGUCGUCUGAGAAGUCUCCCAAGAGUUCCCAUCUUUGGGUCAAGUUGCACUUACGCCAAUCGUAAGUCCUGGGCUGGUCUUGGCUUCUUGGUUUGCAUCCCAUGAUGACCUGGGCAGAAAGGGAGUCCUCCCAAACCCUACAUAGUGUUUUUUUAAAAAAAAUAUAAAUUAUGGUGAUGCCUGCUUCAGCAGUCUGGCUCCACCCCCCACCUGACUUUUAAUGAGCUGUUCAGAUCUAAAAUAUAGCUCUAAUAUCUACAGUGUGAUUUUUAGAAUGGUCUCACUCGCAUGCUUGUGGUGAUUAGGGAAUCGCAAGACUGCAAUGUCACUGACGGUCAUGGUGUGUGUGUGUGUAUAUGUCCACUAAUAGUAUUUAACACCCACUUAAAAAUAACUUGUGUAAAAGAAUAACUGUAUUUAAUAGUCCAGUAGGGGGCAUACGAAGGACAAUUUUCCUGCUUCUGAGCAUUAUGCAGAACAGGCAACAAUCUGUUUAUUUAUUGUAGAUUAACGAUAAAUUUGUAUUCAGUUAAAUCUCUAAGGAAUUUCCUGCUUUUAAAUUUUCCAUGCUGGUAAACCUAGCUGCUAAAUGAGUAGGACAUGGAAUAUAAAGUCAGAGCCAUGCCUCGAAGCACACUAACCAGGAGUGAAUAUCUAAUCUCCAGACCUAAAUUUUUCAUUCACAAACGGCUAUUGCAGAGUGAAUUUUGAGCCCUGAGUUGGACAUUCAAUUUUGGAAUCUGAUUAAAAGUUCACUCUAAGCAAUAUAUAACCAUAACAGCUUGCUGUACUCGUUUUCUAUAGUGCUCUGGCACCAUGCUCCGUUUAAUGGAAAACUUGUAUAACCUGCUGUUUACUUUGAGAUAAUACUUGGACAUAUCAACCUGAAUUGGUUGAACCACUAUUCUGUUACUAUGUUCAUGUGAAUGGGAUGCCCUUUACAUCUGCAUUGUAUCAAUGUGCCUUCAUUCACAUCUAUAAUAGUGUGCCUAUGAAGAUGUAUGUGUUAUUGACAGGGCCACUCUAUACAUACAUAUUUCUGUCACCAGGUGCUUUUUUUUGGGGGGGUGGGGGGUUGGAGGUUCAUGGUAAAUAGACUAAGUAGGCACUACACUGUCUUGUUUUAUCUUGUGAGUAUUUCAUUAAGGUUUUCUUUUUGAAAUUAUUAAUUUGGAGGGUUGGUAGGGUGUUAUAGAGCCACUUAAAUAUAUUUAUCACCAUACAAUGAUCAAUGUAUUGGAGUAGGAUGCUAACUGAUAUUGCUCUUUAUUUUUAGGUUGGACAACAAACAUGUUGUGUUCGGUUACGUUAAAGAUGGCCAUGAUAUAGUCAAGAAAAUGGAGAGCUAUGGUAGCAAAAGUGGGCGACCAUCUAAAAGAAUUGUCAUAGCGGACUGUGGAGAACUAUCCUCUUGACCUCCUUAAAUUAAUAGAUGUGAAUUAAUACUAGUUUUGUGAACGUCAAAAUCACUGGAAGAGUCAUAAAUUUCCUACAGUCAUGAAAUGGGGCGUCUUAUUUGUAUAAAUUGUUCAGGACUUUAUUUAAACAAUGUCUCUUGACCCUUUCAUGCACCAUCUGGCAGCAAUUUUUUUAUAUUUAAAUACUACAGUAGUAGUAAACCAAAUCACCUGUCUUGUUUUUUUUCUCACUAAAAUAUUGCUCGCUGUACUGUCCCAUACUGUGUUGUGAAUUUUGUUUUGUUAUUAGGGUCACUGCUGACAUUAGUUUUAAUCGGGCACAUUUCAAAAUACAUACUUGUGUAAACUAAGUUUUUGAUUUUCCUUUAUGGGUUUAUAAUUCAGCAAUUUGGUAGGAAUUAAGCACUAGCACUGAGCUCUGGCAGUCAAAUGAAAGUUUGACUUUUCUCACAGCAGUAGCGCUUCUAGUGAUGGUCAAGACAGCAUCUAGAGGCAUAUUUAGCUCUGCAAUGUAGGCAUUGCAUGCAGGGUUAAAACUAAAGGACCACAGCACCCAGUCCACUUCAUUAAGGUGACAUGGUCUGGGUGCCUUUGAUAAUCCUUUUAAUGUGGUGUUUUUUUUUUUUUUUUGGUAGACCCUCAUCCUGGAUUGCAGAUAUGGUUGUAAUUGAAUCCACUGCUAUUCGGCUGCUUUUUCACUUUGAACAAUCCUACUUAAUGCUACACAUGGAGCACAUUUCUGGGAUUUGUAAAUUCAAAGUGUUGUAGUGGUCUUUCUGCUGUAGAAUGACAAUUUAAGUCAUGACCUAACUUACAGCAGUAAAUGCGUGAGCUAUGGAGCUAAAUGGACAUUCCACUACAUUCUUAAAAAAAUCACUUUAGCUAUAUCCUCAAAGAAAACGUGCAUUAUGCUUUUUUAAAUGUGUGGGUUUUUUUUUAUUGGGUGCAUAUCCAGACAUUCUGUAGCUGUCCAAAUCUGACUCCAGAAUGUAGCUCAAUGAGAAGUGUUUGCAAGACUGGUGCUUUGUGCAAUUGUUGCCUCUUGACUUUAGUGCCACUGAGCUAACCAAACCAGGAAGGUUAACAGGACUUGUAGCCUGCUAGUAGGGUUCACUUAUUAAAUUGCACUUUAAAAAAAUAAAAAAAAAAUAAAAAAUUGCAAAAUGAAAGGACAUGCUCUUCACAAAUAAAGCACUUCAGAAAACUAUAGUACUUUAGGGGUCGGGAGUAUCCCCUUAGUCUAACAUUAUUUUAGCUAGAAGAUGUAUUCAAGUUUCCCUAUUCAGAGCUGCACAUAAAAGGAGUUAGCCAGUGCAGGUUAGAGCCAUGUGGGACAUAUUCUAAGCAGGUGUUCCCAGGUUUGUUUGAUUAACCUACCUCUAGCUGGAACUCAUUUUUUUUUUUUUUUUACACCCCUUACUAAUUUAAUGAGUGUUAAUAUUGACAGUUGCAUACAUGUUGAAAUUGUAUAUAGGGGUUCCUCAAGUUGUAAGAAAAUGUGAAACAAUCUCUGGGACUAGGAAUAACUGGACCUGUAAGCUUACACUCUGCAUCAAAAAUGUUUGAGCUCUUAAAUAUGGAAUGUGAAAUUCCCCUGCAUAUGCAUACUUGGUUUAUGGUUUUUGCACCAGAUUAGAUUUUUCUUGUUGAGAGCCUUGGGUUUGCUCUUGCCAAUCACGUGUCAAAGUGGAUUAUGGCAGACUGUCGAACAAUUGGGAUCCAAGGAAGAAAAUGUGUUGAGGAGAUGAAGAUUUAGUCUGUUAGACUAGAUUACAAGCUCCACAGCACAUGGAGGAAUUUUAGCAGAGCUUGAUAUGUUUGAGAGUUAAACAUGAAAAGAUUGACUUAUGCCAUAACCAUGAAGGCUGUCCUUGAAAUAUUAAGGAACUACUUAAACUACUGUGAAAAGAUGACUUCCCUGGAAGUGCAUUCUAGAGUCUCUAUUGGAUUUAGCAUAUUCUGCCAGAUCAAAUUUUAGUCUAGGAUAGGUACAGUGAAUUAAGUUUCAAUUACUAUUUUUCCAUAUACGCUGUUCAAAAGUUUUAACAUUGUAUUAACCUGGCUGACCAAUUGGAUGUCUGCUACUGAUAACUUAAAAGUGAAAAAAAAAUGUCUAAUUUGCUAGAAACGUCUGAUUCUUUUGUGGGUAGGCAAAUAAAAAUUACAUAUUUUUAAAA